CACUGUGAGCUGAAGUCGACCUUUAGAGAGGAUAAUGACACCCAUAAGUCAACUCAGAAGUCAGAAAUAGACACAGGCUGAUCAAAAUCGGUCUGAACAACAGAGCGAGAAAGAGCGGAAGAUACACUGGACCAUUUAAACUUAUUUAUUCAUUCCGUGGUCCUUGUAUUUAUCCAUGCAUGUGGUAGAGAGUCUAUUCAGUAGACAUAGUCCAGGGGAUAAGAAUGUGAAACAACAUCAGUUGUUAAUUCGUUGUUAGUCGAAUAGAAGCUCUGUAACUUGCAAUAGUGAUACCAGUCGCAAUAAUUUUGCGGUUCAGUACUCCCACGAUAUUCUUUUUUGGCAAAGUUUACACUUCAGUGUGACCAGUCCUGACAUAUCAGUUCUGAGGGAUUUUAAUAGUUUUAUGAGUUGAUGAGUUAUGGAACGUUAUGUGCACUUUUCUCACGUCUUUGUCACGUGAAACUUUCUGGACUGCCUGCAUAAUUAUUGACGCCACAGAAAUGUUCAGUGUAGGCCUGGUGCCUUCAGCGUGUGACUAUCAUUCUUGAGGUCGUGGCACCCCAACCGAGUGGGACUAUGUGGGCAUUUAACACUGGCUCGUACGAAGGAAGUCUGUUAUAGAUCCAAAAAGUAGACGGCGUGUGUCACCUGUAGACGAAUGCGAAAGAUUUGAAUGUUGUUGCGCCAAAGACAUAACUGCUAAAAUAUGCGUUUACAAAUAUUACUCCUAAUAGGAGCAGCGUGGGCGGAUGUCUUGCCCAAUGGCUGUCCACGAGAUUUCAGCAUCCAUCACCUGCUGAGACACGAAGAUUGCACCAAAUUCUACUCAUGCAGCAAUGGAGUGCCCAUUGAGAUGUCGUGUGCACCUGGAACUGCUUUUGACUUUGAUUUACAGAAAUGUAUCGAAGACACGUCCGGCUGCGCCAAAAACGAUCAUAACUUUAUAGACAGUGGCGGAACGUGUGUUCCCACUUCACACGAGACAGAUUGCACUAAAUUCUAUUCCUGUGAAAAAGGUGUUCAUGUGUUGGCCAGUUGUGACCCAGGUUAUAGGUUUAAUACCGAAACGGGGAAAUGCGAUGCAUCCUCUAAAGUGACAUGCAAUCACAUAAAAAAGCGAUCCAUACAGACGAGAUGUCCCAACGAUGUGAGGAUACAAAUGAACAUUCCACACGAGAGCGACUGUGAUAAAUACUACAGAUGUUUCCAUGGGAAUCGAAUUCUAAUGACCUGUUUUAAUGGGGCGCACUAUAAUCCAAAAACCCAGAGUUGUGACACGCCGGAGAAUGCUGGUUGCGCUGACGAGGCAAUAAUUGAGGAUUGUCCAGCGAACACCUAUAUCCCAAUUUUCUUACCUCAUGAUACUGACUGUAACAAGUAUUAUAGAUGCUUUAGGGGUAACAAACAAGUCCAGAGGUGUGGUCAUGGUCAGCAUUUUAAUCCGAAAACCCAGCUCUGCGAUACAAUAGCAAACGCUGGCUGCCAAAAGGAAUCGAAGCCGCCAAACGGAUGCUAUAAGGAUGGACUAUUGCUACCGUAUGACCAGUGCGAUAAAUAUUAUGAGUGUGUUCACGGGAAUAAAAUAUUAAUGCCUUGUCAAGCUGGGAUGCACUUUAGUUUCGAUUUGCAGCGAUGUGAUUGGCCAAACAUAGCGAAAUGCGAGUCAACACCAACACCAACAACAACAACGACCACAACAACAACAACGACGACACCAAAACCGGAAUCAACACCCAGACCGGGAUACUUUCCUAACGGAUGUCCUAUAGACUAUAGAAUUGAACAGUUGUUACCACAUCCGGAUUGUACGAAAUUUUAUCAGUGCGUGCAUGGUUUUAAACAAGAAAUGCCAUGUCCAGGAGGAACGCACUUCAGUUUUGAUUUGCAGAGAUGUGAUUGGCCCAGUAUAGCGAAGUGUGUCCCGGGUACGACUACCACAACUCGACGCCCAACAACAACAACUCGCCAACCUUUAACAACUACUCGUCGACCGCCAACAACAAUAACACCUACUACUACUAAAUCACCUAUUAUUACCCCAAGGCCUGGGUAUUACCCAAAUGGGUGUCCAAUAGAUUACAGAAUAGAACAGCUCUUACCUCACUCCGACUGUGGCAAAUACUAUCAAUGCGUACACGGUUUUAAACAAGAAAUGCCAUGUCCAGGAGGAACACACUUCAGUUUUGAACUUCAGAGAUGUGAUUGGCCAAAUAUUGCUAAUUGCAAGCCUGGAGCUUCAACUUCGCCAACAACAACAACUUCUACAACGCCCAGUAUAAUAACAUCAACGCCAAGACCAACUGCAACGACGCCUAGCGCAACAACGUCAAAGCCCGAAUAUUUACCAAAUGGUUGUCCGAAGGACUUUUCUGUCCAUUUGUUGUUACCACAUGAGUACGAUUGCACGAAAUUCUAUUAUUGCAAUUUUGGAGAGAAGGUUGAGCGGCAAUGUAAUUCGAAUUUAUACUUCGAUCCAAUUUUACAGGUAUGUAACUGGCCAUCAGCAGUUGAUUGUACCCCAAGCACUCCUCCUCAAAGUACAACCAUAAAAGACCUGGAAACAACAAACUCUGAGGUAACCACUCCAGCCGCUAGUACUCCUGACAUCACAGUAAGUCCAGAAGUGUCUACACCGGGGCCAAUUACCACUGAAGCAACAACCCCAGAAGCUACUACACCAGAGGCUACCACGGCUGAAGAUAUAACAUUAGAGCCUACUACGCCUGAAGCAACAACAUCAGAGGUUACCACGCCUGAAGACACAACAUUGGAGCCUACUACGCCUGAAGCAACAACAACAGAGGCUACCACGCCUCAAGCAUCUACACCAGAAGCUACCACUCCUGAAGACACCACAUUACAACCUACUACGCCUGAAGCAACUACACCUGAGGCUACCACGGCUGGUGAAACAACAUUAGAGCCUACUACACCAGAGGCUACCACGCCUGAAGACACAACAUUAGAGCCUACUACGCCUGAAGCAACAACAUCAGAGGUUACCACGCCUGAAGACACAACAUUAGAGCCUACUACGCCUGAAGCAACAACACCAGAGGCUACCUCGCCUCAAGUAUCUACACCAGAAGCUACCACUUCUGAAGACACCACAUUACAACCUACUUCGCCUGAAGCUACCACGGCUGAAGACACAACAUUAGAGCCUACUACGCCUGAAGCAACAACAUCAGAGGUUACCACGCCUGAAGACAUAACAUUAGAGCCUACUACGCCUGAAGCAACAACACCAGAGGCUACCACGCCUCAAGCAUCUACAUCAGAAGCUACCACUCCUGAAGACACCACAUUACAACCUUCUUCGCCUGAAGCUACCACGGUUGAAGACACAUCAUUCGAGCCUACUACGCCUGAAGCAACUACACCUGAGGCUACCACGGCUGGUGAAACAACAUUAGAGCCUACUACACCAGAGGCUACCACGCCUGAAGACACAAACUUAGAGCCUACUACGUCUGAAGCAACAACAGCAGAGGCUACCACGCCUGAAGAUACAACAUUAGAGCCUACUACACCAGAGGCUACUACGGCUGAAGACACAACAUUAGAGCCUACUAAACCAGAGGCUACUACGGCUGAAGAUACAACAUUAGAGCCUACUACACCAGAGGCUAUUACGGCUGAAAACACAACAUUAGAGCCUACUACACCAGAGGCUACUACGGCUGAAUACACAACAUUAGAGCCUACUACGCCUGUAAUAACUACGCCUGAGGCUUCCACGGCCCAAGACACAACAUUAGAGCCUACUACACCAGAGGCUACUACGGCUGAAGACACAACAUUAGAGCCUACUACACCAGAGGCUACUACGGCUGAAGACACAACAUUAGAGCCUACUACACCAGAGGCUACUACGGCUGAAGACACAACAUUAGAGCCUACUACACCGGAGGCUACUACGGCUGAAGACACAACAUUAGAGCCUACUACACCAGAGGCUACUACGGCUGAAGACACAACAUUAGAGCCUACUACACCAGAGGCUACUACGGCUGAAUACACAACAUUAGAGCCUACUACGCCUGUAAUAACUACGCCUGAGGCUUCCACGGCCCAAGACACAACAUUAGAGCCUACUACACCAGAGGCUACUACGGCUGAAGACACAACAUUAGAGCCUACUACACCAGAGGCUACUACGGCUGAAGACACAACAUUAGAGCCUACUACACCAGAGGCUACUACGGCUGAAGACACAACAUUAGAGCCUACUACACCGGAGGCUACUACGGCUGAAGACACAACAUUAGAGCCUACUACACCAGAGGCUACUACGGCUGAAGACACAACAUUAGAGCCUACUACACCAGAAGCUACUACGGCUGAAGACACAACAUUAGAGCCUACUACACCAGAGGCUACUACGGCUGAAGACACAACAUUAGAGCCUACUACACCAGAGGCUACUACGGCUGAAGACACAACAUUAGAGCCUACUACACCAGAGGCUACUACGGCUGAAGACACAACAUUAGAGCCUACUACACCAGAGGCUACUACGGCUGAAGACACAACAUUAGAGCCUACUACACCAGAGGCUACUACGGCUGAAGACACAACAUUAGAGCCUACUACACCGGAGGCUACUACGGCUGAAGACACAACAUUAGAGCCUACUACACCAGAGGCUACUACGGCUGAAGACACAACAUUAGAGCCUACUACACCAGAGGCUACUACGGCUGAAUACACAACAUUAGAGCCUACUACGCCUGUAAUAACUACGCCUGAGGCUUCCACGGCCCAAGACACAACAUUAGAGCCUACUACACCAGAGGCUACUACGGCUGAAGACACAACAUUAGAGCCUACUACACCAGAGGCUACUACGGCUGAAGACACAACAUUAGAGCCUACUACACCAGAGGCUACUACGGCUGAAGACACAACAUUAGAGCCUACUACACCGGAGGCUACUACGGCUGAAGACACAACAUUAGAGCCUACUACACCAGAGGCUACUACGGCUGAAGACACAACAUUAGAGCCUACUACACCAGAAGCUACUACGGCUGAAGACACAACAUUAGAGCCUACUACACCAGAGGCUACUACGGCUGAAGACACAACAUUAGAGCCUACUACACCAGAGGCUACUACGGCUGAAGACACAACAUUAGAGCCUACUACACCAGAGGCUACUACGGCUGAAGACACAACAUUAGAGCCUACUACACCAGAGGCUACUACGGCUGAAGACACAACAUUAGAGCCUACUACACCAGAGGCUACUACGGCUGAAGACACAACAUUAGAGCCUACUACACCAGAGGCUACUACGGCUGAAGACACAACAUUAGAGCCUACUACACCAGAGGCUACUACGGCUGAAGACACAACAUUAGAGCCUACUACGCCUGAAAUAACUACGCCUGAGGCUUCCACGGCCCAAGACACAACAUUCGAGCCUACUACACCAGAGGCUACUACGGCUGAAGACACAACAUUAGAGCCUACUACACCAGAGGCUACUACGGCUGAAGACACAACAUUAGAGCCUACUACACCGGAGGCUACUACGGCUGAAGACACAACAUUAGAGCCUACUACACCAGAGGCUACUACGGCUGAAGACACAACAUUAGAGCCUACUACACCAGAGUUUACUACGGCUGAAGAUACAACAUUAGAGCCUACUACACCAGAGGCUACUACGGCUGAAGACACAACAUUAGAGCCUACUACACCAGAGGCUACUACGGCUGAAGACACAACAUUAGAGCCUACUACACCAGAGGCUACUACGGCUGAAGACACAACAUUAGAGCCUACUACGCCUGAAAUAACUACGCCUGAGGCUUCCACGGCCCAAGACACAACAUUCGAGCCUACUACACCAGAGGCUACUACGGCUGAAGACACAACAUUAGAGCCUACUACACCAGAGGCUACUACGGCUGAAGACACAACAUUAGAGCCUACUACACCAGAGGCUACUACGGCUGAAGACACAACAUUAGAGCCUACUUCGCCUGAAGUAACUACACCGAAGGCUUCAACGCCCAUGGCUACUACUACAGGAGGUCCUGAUGGAUUUUCACCAAACGUAACGACACCAAGUUCCCCAUCUACUCCUAAACCAAUAUGUCCUCCAGGCGUAUUUGGCAAUGUUCCACAUCCCGUUUUGUGUGACUAUUAUUACAAUUGUAUUGGAGGAAUGGAGGUCUUGCUGAGAUGUUUAGAAGGCUUUGAGUACGAUCACAGUGUUCGGGGCUGCACACGUAUUUCCGAAAAUGGAUGUUUUGCAAGAAUAAAUGAUACAACAACAACAACAGAUUAUAACAUUGAAUCAACAACAUACAGAGAGAAUAUUUGUCCACCAGAUUUCUCAGGCAAUUUGCCACACUCAACACUUUGCAGUAAAUAUUAUCUUUGUGAAGAGGGUACAGCGAUACUGAAGAACUGCGCGAAGGGAUUCGAGUACGAUGCAGUAAUUAUGGAUUGUGUUCCAAUAUCAGACACCGGUUGUUACGCACAGCAAGGUCUAACAACAACAACAGAUAACAACAGAUUACCCGAGCUAUCAACUUACAAGAACGAUGAAGAGGAAUAUAUAUGUCCACCAAUGUUUUCUGGAAAUAUCGAACAUCCAACUUUGUGUGAUUCGUAUUACACUUGUUUCGCUGGAAUGGAGUUUUUGAUGAAUUGUUCUCAUGGAUUUGAGUUCGACCCAGUUGUUAAGAAUUGCGUGCGAAUCUCGAGCACUGGUUGUUUCGCAAGACGAUACAACUUAACAACACCAACAACGACACCAACAUCACCAACAACCGAAAACAACGAAGACAAACCAAUAUGUCCACCGAACUUCUCAGGAAAUGUACCUCAUAAAACGAAAUGCGAUUUUUACUAUACCUGCUUUAGCGGUUCGGAGUUUUUGAUGCAGUGUCCCAACGGAUUUGAAUUUAAUCCUAAUACAAAAGACUGUGUUCGAAUAUCGGAGACCGGUUGUUUCGCACAACAAGGCUUAGCAACAACAACAGAAACCAACAGAUUACCCGAGUUAUCAACUUACAAGAACGACGAAGAGGAUUUUAUAUGCCCACCAAUGUUUUCUGGAAAUAUCGAACAUCCAACUUUGUGUGAUUCGUAUUACACUUGUUUCGCUGGAAUGGAGUUUUUGAUGAAUUGUUCUCAUGGAUUUGAGUUCGACCCAAUUGUUAAGAAUUGCGUCCGAAUCUCGAACACUGGUUGUUUCGCAGCACGAUAUAACUUAACAACAACAACAACGACGACGACCACGACUCGAACUACAACAACAACCGAAAACAACGAAGACAAAUCAAUAUGUCCACCGAACUUCUCAGGAAAUAUACCCCACAAAACGAAAUGCGAUUCAUACUAUACCUGCUUUAGUGGUUCGGAGUUUUUGAUGCAGUGUCCCAACGGAUUUGAAUUUAAUCCUAAUACAAAAGACUGUGUUCGAAUAUCGGAGACCGGUUGUUUUGCACAGCAAGCAACAACGGAUAACAAUAUAUUACCCGAGCUAACAACUUACAAAAAUGACGAAGAGGACUAUAUAAUAUGUCCACCAAUGUUUUCUGGAAAUAUCGAACAUCCAACUUUGUGUGAUUCGUAUUACACUUGUUUCGCUGGAAUGGAGUUUUUGAUGAAUUGUUCUCAUGGAUUUGAGUUCGACCCAGUUGUUAAGAAUUGCGUCCGAGUUUCGAAGACUGGUUGUUUUGCAACACGAUACAACUUAACAACAACAACGACUACGACAUCAACAACAACCGAAAACAACAAAGUCAGUCAAAUAUGUCCACCGGCUUUCUCAGGAAAUGUUCCCCACAAGAUGAAAUGCGAUUAUUACUAUACUUGCUUUAGUGGUUCGGAGUUUUUGAUGCAGUGUCCCAACGGAUUUGAAUUUGAUCCCAAAAACAACGAAUGUGUAAGGAUAUCGCCGAGUGGAUGUUUUGCGCGACAAAAUGAUCCAGAAAACAUCUGCACGCCAGGUGAAUCAGGUCACGUGCCACACCCAGAACUGUGUGACACGUUCUACCUUUGUGCCAUGGGUGAACCUUUGAGGCUACACUGCAGCAAAGGAUUUGAAUUCUCUGUAGAAAGUGGGCAGUGCGUGGCGAUUUCUGAUGAUGGAUGCUUUGCGAAAGGAAUGCGUGCGAAUUUCGCAGCACAGCUGCACAGCUCGCAAGAAGGCAAGGGAAAAGUCUUCAAAUAGCAAUUACAGUGGUCUCUGGAUUAUCUAAAGUGACAUUUAUUGACCUGGGAAUGCCGAAAUAAACUUGUAUUAUCUAAUUAA